UGAUGGUAGUUCAAAAAUCAAAAGCAAAGAACCAAUCAUCGCCCAUCUACGGGGAUGCUAUUAAAGACACAAAUUUGAAAGGUGACAUCGUGUCACCGGUGAUUCUAUCUGAAUUAGUAAAUGGCCACACGGAAGCUGCGUCUGUUGAAGACGUCAGAGAUUUGUACAAGAAAUUGUUGUCAACUUUGCAUUUGAUGCAACCGACUGAAACAAAAAAUUUGUCGAGGGUUCUGUCCGAUAGUUUGAAAAGAGGUUUUACGCAGAGCGUUUUGGAAGCUCUGAUUUUGACAACAAAAUCGAGCUCCUUUAAUAAGUUCAGCUCUCAGAACUGUUUGACUGUAAUGCGCCUUCUUUCACGCUCAAUAGUUUUCUAUGGAAAAUCAAACCCGGACAAGCCGCUCACGAGCAAACAAAUAAUUGUGUUUGCAUCAACAUUUGAAUUACUCUUGAACACCGCUCUCAAAAACGUGAAAAAGAAAGAUUAUUAUUUUUCUUUGAAGACCUGUUUAAUGUACACCUUUUCAGGUUGUCAUCCAUUGUUCGAUAAGUGUUCUGAGUUGGUACAAAAUGCGUCUGAAAACCCAAAGGAAAUUGCGUUCUUAGCGCUCUACCUGUCUAUUAAAGAGUUUGAAGCUAAAAAGACGCAGAGUUCUUGCUCACCAGACUUGAAAUUAUGUUCAAAAUCUGUUGGAAUUCUUUGUAGCUCGGCAAGUUUGAACAAUCAGAUUGGACUUUGCUCCGAUUUGGUUAAAAAUUUUGAUUUUGAAUCUUUCAUGACAUUUCUUUGGCCCGAGUUAAAACGAACCUUGACGAGGCACGCUGAGAAAGCCUUGCCUUCGGUAGCAAUUGUUAUGAAGUCUUGUAAAAUCGAUUUCAGUGAAAAGAUAGUUGACUUUUUCAGCACGCUUUUCGAUUUCGUCAUUUCACAAUCACAAGAAACCGUCAUCACAACAUUGGGAGUUAUGCAAAAUAUUAUCAAAAAUAGCUCUCAAUGGGAGUUUUUGGAUAAGUUUUGUGGCGAGUUAUGCUCUGUUUUUGCAGGAAAAAGUGACAAAAAAUUGAACACAGCUUCUCAGAAACAACUGAUACUAGAUCUCGCCACGCAAUUGGCGUCGAAUUCAGUGCCAGAGUCCAAAAUUGAUCAGUUAGCUGCGAAUUGUCUGAUGUCAAUUGGAAAACUUGUGAAAUCAAGCGAUGCAUUGUUACUGCAAUGUAGUAUUCUUCAAUGCAUGCUUACAUGGACAGGAAAAAUAAGUAAGAAAAUCAGUCCUGAGUUUCUUGCGUGGCUGAAGGCUCCAACUUGUAAUCAAUCUAAUCCACAGACACAAACCUUGCUCGCCAAAAUGUGUCUCAAACUGUCUGAAAAAACACGUUUCGAAGAGCAGCUUGCCGAAUUGCUGCCACUUAGGCUCGAGUAUCUUUCGAAGCAGCAAAAUGCCACUGUUACUGUUAAUACUCUACAUGAUCUAAGUGUUGACCUACUUCUUGCAAGCAAGAGUAUCGACAAUGAAGCAACCAAAGUAACAACAAUCCUCAAGUUUUUCCUGGAAAAAUUAGAUGUUGUUAAUUCGAUGAGGAUUCUCAAAAUACAACCAGCGUCCAACAUGAAAGAAUUGAUAGCUAUCCUAGAACAAACUGUUCUGCGGUUGGAAAAAGUAGUAGAAGCAGACGAUACAAUUUUUAGUGUUUUGGCGAUUCUGGCCAUUCAUCGCAAUUUCGCGGUGAGAUCAGAAGCAUUGAAAGUUAUCAGACGGGUGGCAAGUAUGUUCUCAAGUGAAACAGUUGUUUCAUCUGUGACCGAAUCUGUUUAUGAAAUUUGGACUGAUUACUAUGCUGAGUUGGAUAAUGCCUUUUUCGACCGAGAAUAUGUGCCUGACAUAAGCAGACUUCCCAAGCAAAAAGAAAAGGGAAGAGCUAUGUAUGAGUUAAUACAUGCAUGUGUGAAUUCAAACUGGGAUCCCGAUUCUAAAAGAAACCUUUGUGCGGACUUCUUGACUCUCUGUAAUCAGCAGGAAGUCAAGGUAUGCGGGAAAACGUGGAAAAACUUAUGCGACUCAGUCAAGAUAACGAAUAGUGAACAAGGACUUAUUGUUACACGAGACGUUCUCACCAAAACGGAAAUUCAUGAAAUCAAUACUGGUGUCCUUGAAUCAUCGGCAGCAUGUUACGGCGACUGUUUUGUCAAUCCAGUAAUGGAAAAGAUUCUUCAGUUUCUGGAGAGCUGUUGCGACAAGCUUGUUUCAAAGGACGAAUACGAAAUUUUUAAGACUCCUGAAGGAACGGUGUGGGAUAAAAAUGUAUGGGUUGAUAUUAGUCGAAUUGACCAAGAGUCAAAAAAUUUCAAAAGGGAAGACAAAAGCAUAAGCUGGAAAGAAGAAAAAGCGUUCAGAGAACUUUCAAAACAACUUAAAGGCACCGAAAAGAAGCUUACCAAGAAACAGCAAGAGAUAGUUGACGCGGCCUUGGCGACUGAAUCAGAGAUCAGAAAUGACCUGAAGCAGUAUCAGGAAAAAGUUGAUACGACUUGCAAUGCCUUAAGAGCUCUGUUCAAAGGUUCGCCACGCUUGAUAGUCUCAAAGUGUCAUUUAGUUGUUCCCGUUUUGGCUAAACUAUGUGCCAAUUACGUUGCCACAUUCAAUGCGCGAACAUUGAUUCACGAAAUCGGAGUUCCGAUCUUGAGUGACAACCCAUUAAGUGCUAAAUGGAACCUGCUUUGUCAGGCUUACUGCAGGGUUGUGAAAGCACCCGAAAUCAGAGACGAAUUGAAAUUUUUACCAAAAGAUGUUCUUGGGUGCGCUGAAAUGGUAAUGGAACAGCUGAAGGCUCAAGUUUUCCAGUAUAUUGAAGACACGAUUCGAAGUUUCAGUCUGCCUUUGAAUGUGUUCAACUUAUUCCAUCCUUGCAUGCAUCAGAGUAUUUAUUCUCUCUCCGAAGACUUGGAGACAUCGUCGGCAGAAAAGUAUGACGUCAUCGAAGCUGUAGUGGCCAUCUUCGAUGUCCAGCUGAGCGAAACCAGUUCAGAAGACUCAGCCGUGCUUCCAGUGUCAAAAAUGUUCAACAGUUUGUUCCAUGUGCUUCAAGUGUUUCCGCCCGCAAUUCAAGUCAAAGCAAAAGAGGUAUCCCGAAAACUAUGUGCUCUGGUGUUCAAGUCGAAAAUCAUAGAUGCCGAUCUGACCGUAAACUUGUAUCAGUCUCUGCUGAAACCAUCUGUCACUAUUCAAUCAAGUGUUUUAGAAAGCUGCGCGACGUUGGCAACUUUGCUUGUCCCGCCAGUCAAUGAUUUCGAGAGGUCUCUUAAGUUGUUUACUCUCAUCUACGCUCUGACCUUUGACGAAGAAGCCUCUAUUUCAAAGGCAGCAUCAGCUAUUUGGGAAUCGAUCCCAAAUCAAAACUUUGAAGCAUUUUUGCCUGAGCAGCUCCUUGAAAUUGUAAGCACAGAAUGCGUGAGUUUGAAUAAAUCAUCUGCAAUUGCGAUGGGAAAGGUAAUUGAAAACGACACCUCGAUCGCGGCUGAAAUCUUUACCGAUUUGAUCAAUUUAUUCCAAGUUAAAAUAACUUUCGUACCUGCCAAAAAAGACAGCCUGGGACGCAUAAUCAGCGAGGAGAAUCCGGAUAUCUGGGAACCAAGACUAGGCAUAGCGGAAACUCUGAAAAGAAUAAUAAAAUUUGUGCCUGAAGAUAAACUAGAGGUGAUGUUCGAUUUCUUCCUGAAAACUGGACUCGAUGAUACGAAUGAUGAUGUGAGAACUGGUGUGUUGAAUGCGGCACAAGAGGCUCUCGAUAAGUUUGGGCAAAAUAAUUGCCGACAGUUGUUGGAUCGGCUCCAAGAUUACAUGGAUAAUGAGUCUGGAUCAGUUGUAGUUAAACAGUCGGUAGUUAUUUUGAUGGGAUCUCUAGCAAAACAUAUGAUGGAUGAUCAGGCUAAAAUUAAGCCUAUAGUUUCGAAAUUGAUGGAAUCUCUUACAGAGCCUUCGCCUCUAGUCCAAGAAGCUGUUGCAAACUGUCUUCCUAAGCUUGUGGACGCCAUUCGAGAUGAUUGUCCCGCGCUGAUUUCAAAAUUGCUGACGCUUCUGUUGAGUACGGAUGAUUCCUGUGAACGUCGAGGAGCUGCUUUUGGAGUCGCAGGACUUGUCAAAGGUCUCGGAAUCAUGAGUCUGAAGCAGCACCAAGUUAUCAGCCAGUUACAGGAGGCAAUUGAGGACAAAAAGUCAGUGAACAGAAGAACAGGGGCGUUGCUGGGGUUCCAGAGUUUAUGCCAGUUGCUCGGAAGGAUCUUCGAACCAUACUUGGUGAAUCUACUGCCACAUUUGUUGAUAGCUUUUGGGGAUCCUCAAUUGCAAGUUCGUGACGCAGCUGAAGAGACUUCGAAAGUUGUAAUGCAGAAAUUGACAGUGCAUGGCGUGAAAAUAAUUCUGCCCACUUUGCUCAAGGGACUUGAAGAAGAAAGCUGGCGAACUAAAGUCGGGUGUAUUGAACUGCUAGGAGCUAUGUCUCAUUGCGCUCCUAAGCAGCUAUCAGCGUGUUUGCCGACAAUUGUGCCCAAAUUACUUGAAGUGCUAAACGACUCUCAUCAUAAAGUUUCUGCAUGUGCUAAGCAAGCCUUGAAUCAUGUUGCGGCAGUUGUAAAAAAUCCUGAAAUCCAACAGAUUUCACCAAGCAUCUUAGACGCUCUGAGUCACAGAGCUGAAGAAACUAAAAAGACACUUCAACUUCUCCUGAAGACAAGAUUUGUUCAUAUGAUUGACGCUGCUAGUUUGGCAUUGCUCAUGCCUAUUCUAGAAAAUUCCUUCAAAGAUCGCUCUGCUGAGGUUAGGAAAAUGGCCUGUCAGAUUUUAUGCAACAUCAACACUCUAGCUGACUCGAAAGACUUGAAGCCAUAUCUGGACAAAUUGAUUCCAGGGUUUAAAACUGUUCUAAUUGAUCCUGUGCCGGAAAUAAGAGGUCACUCAUCAAGAGCCCUGGGUUCUUUGGUCCGGGGUUUGGGUGACUGUAUCUUGGAAGUUAUGAUGCCUUGGUUGAGAGAGACGGUGGUGUCAAGUGUAAGUAACAUCGAUCGCUCAGGAGCGGCCCAAGGUUUGAGUGAAGUUUAUGCAGCAAUUGGACCCUCGAAAUUGCAAGAAGUUCUACCAGUGAUAGUAGCUGAAGCUAUGAACGUAGAUCACCCUCCAUAUGUUCGAGACGGUUACCUCUCAAUCUUCAUUUUCCUCCCUCUCGCUUUUGGAACUCAUUUUGCGUCUUACAUAGACCAGAUAAUUCCGGCCAUCUUGCAAGGUCUGGCUUCCGAAGUCGAAUACGUGAGAGACAGCUCGUUCAAAGCUGGUCAGCAAAUCAUUAACCAGUAUUCAUCAACAUCAUUGGCUAUUUUCCUGCCUGAACUCGACAAGGGACUCUUUGACGAAAAUUGGAGAAUCAGAUUGUGCUCAAUCCAACUUUUGGGAGAUUUGUUGUUCAAACUUCUGGGAGUGACUGGAAAAAUGACAACUGAGACCGAAGGAGACGACGAUACGUUCGGAACUGAAAAGACGACCACGAAGUUGUCAGAGCUGUUGACGGUCGAAAGAAGAGACCGAGUGCUUGGAGGACUGUACAUGGGACGUAACGACGUGUCGCUACCUGUCAGACAAGCGUCACUACAUGUUUGGAAAAUUGUCGUCUCGAAUACGCCUAGAACGCUAAAAGAAAUUUUGCCAACACUCUUUGCUCUGCUUUUAGGCAAUUUAGCUUGUGACAGCGAGGAAAAGAAACAAAUCGCAGCCAGAACUCUAGGAGAUUUGGCCAAAAAGUUAGGAGACCGGGUGUUGCCGGAGAUUAUUCCAGUUCUAGAACGCGGUCUGAAGUCGCCUGAUACCGACCACAGACAAGGAGUGUGUAUUGGCUUGGGAGAAGUGAUGGCAAGUACAAGUCGAGAUCAAGUGCAACAGUAUCUCAGUACUAUAGUUCCAACGGUUGAGAUGGGAUUAUGCGAUCCAUUUGAACGUGUAAGAGUGGCGGCUGCGAGGGCGUUUGACAAACUAUACAACAUUAUACAUCAGCAAGCUCUCGAAGAAGUUUUGAAGCCUUUGAUUCCAAAAUUGACAGACGAGACCUUUGGAGAAUACGCAACUGACGGACUAAAACAAGUGAUUGCAAUCAGAAGUCGAACUGUGAUGCCGUUUUUGAUCCCGGAACUAACAAAGCCUCCAGCAAAUGUAGCUGCCCUGGCUAUCAUUGCGCCGGUUGCGGGUGAAACUCUGAAUCAUCAUCUAGAGAAGAUUCUACCAGCGCUGGUUAGAUCGCUUGCGGCUUCCGAAAACGAAGACAGUGACUUAGAAGGUAUGGUGAUAUUGUUCAACCAGAUUCAAGAACGACAAGCGAUCGCCUUUACAGUAGAGCACCUUCUUUCAGUCGCAAGUGAAAGAGAGGACAACGCGAAAUGCUUGGCAGGACUGAAGUUAUUCAACAGUUUUGUAUCGACUACAGAUAAUAACUUGGCUGAUUUUUGCUCGGAGGUGUUCAAAACAUUGAUGGUUCUGCUGGCUGAUAAUACUGCAGAUACAGAAUUCUUAACUCUCGUUUAUGAUAUUUUGACUAAAUUUGUUAAAAAAUUGGAUUCGGCGGAACAAAUUGGCCAACUGUUCAAUCUGAGACAGGCUGUUAGACAAGCAUCUCAGCAAAGUACAACACCAACUAUUAUCGGAUUCUGCACUGUGAAGAAAGGGAUCGGUGCUAUUUUACCAAUAUACCGGGAAAGUAUAAUGAGCGGAUCUCAAGAAUCGAAAGAGCAAGCGGCCUAUGGAUUGUCAGAGGCGAUUAAAGUAACAACUCCAGAAGCCUUGCAGCACUUGGUGAUUCAGAUCACAGGCCCGUUGAUCAGGAUCCUAGGAGAAAGAUACUCAGUGAAUGUUCGAAUAGCAUUUAUAGCAACGCUUAAUCUUCUCUUGAAAAAAGUCGGCGUUAUGUUGAAACCGUUUUUGCCACAGUUGCAGAAUACUUUCAUGAAGGCAAUUUCGGACCCAAAUGAAAGGGUUAAAAUGAGAGGCGCGGAAGGCGUUGGACUUAUCAUGGGGAUCCAUUUGAGACCAGAUCCGAUUUUUACGGAGCUGUUAAACGUUGUCCAGACAAAUUCAGACGUCCAAGCACAAAGUGUGGCUCUGAACGCUCUACAGCAAAGCGUGAAAGCAAUUGGAGUCAAAAUGAAUCCCGCGAUUCGCGAUCGAAUAUUUGCGGAUGUUGUAGCUCUGAGAGAGAAUGAAAGCGAAGAUUUCAGACGCGCUUGUGGAGGAUGUCUAGGAAUGGUCUCGGGAUACCUUCCGGAUCCGAAGUUUGACGAGUUGAUGAAAGAAGUGUUGCUAAAUGUGAACGAGAGUAAAGGAAUUGAAUUGUGUCACACGAAUGCAGUGGCAUUAUCUGUAUGUUGCAGAUACCACAGUGAUAAGAUCUUCCUGCAUAAGGACUGCAACAAAGUAAUGCAGUGUGCGAAGAGUCUAUGUAACAGCAAGAAUGUUCUCCUAUCUCAAGCCGGAAUGUCAAGCUGCACUUUCUUAAUGAAGUCUAUCCUCAAAUGCCAAGCUGGAGAGGGAACUGGUGAGUCAUCCUCAUCCUCUCCUGAUGAGCUGAAGAGCAGAGUGUGUGAACAAGUGAGUGUGAAGGACAUCUGCGAGGGAUUGAAGACUUGUGUCUCUUCGCAGUCUAUGGAUGUGAGACAGUGGCUCAGUAACUGCAUGGAUUCACUCACUUCGGAGGCAAAGCCAUAUAUGAACUUCAACGAGGCACCGCUCUCUGAUAAUUACAAUAUGGAACUGUAUAUCACAACUGAGCUGCUCAGACUAAUUGAGGACGCGAACUCCAUGGUCAAAUUCAACGCAGAGACCUCCCUAUGUCGACUGUUUGCCCUUCAUUUGGACACGAAAGAUUUGCCCCAGGCUGAACAGUUUGCAAAAGUGCGUGAACAACUGGCCCCGCUGUGCUCGAAAAUGAAGCAGAAGUUUAAAACUCGCUCUCUCGACACACCGGCUGACAUCGAUGUCAGUUGUUUGAAUUUAUAAGACUGUAGUCUUCAACAAAUUUAAGCCAGUUUUUAGUAAAGUUCUGAAGUUUUCUCAUCUGAAGCAAAAUUGACAGACUGUGAUUGCCGCUUAACUUAUAUAAGACCGUGCUUAAGUUUGUUGCGAAGUAUCAUGAUGUUAAUAAAUGGAUAUUUUAUGGAUUGAGGAAUAAAUUCUUUAUUCAAAUUA